AUGCUCAAGUUUGUCUUCUUAUCGUUGCUUUUCCUUGGUUUUUCAUGGGCUAAUGCGGACGGAUUCACAGAAAGAUGUAUGAGUCUGUCAAAAUGAAAUAUUAGGAAGACCCUCUGAUAUUUCAGUGAACAUCAAACUUGAAAAGUAUUCUUCCUUCAAUCUACUGCAGCCACUUGAACGAUAUCAACCAGAAUUCCCUUUAAAACCAAAAAACUUCGAUCAAAAUACCAUUUCAACAUGCUACAACAAGUCAUUUCCAAUCCUGCCGCACGAUGGAACGGCAAACUAUGGAGAUUUGAUUGAGAGUGAUUUCAGGUAACUAAUUCCCCUCUUAUUGUCUGGAAUCACAUUUACAUCAUAUUAUAGUUCUACAUGCUCUGAUACUUUCACUUUCUACGUUGACAGUUUUAUUGAAGAGUUCUUUGUCAUUAUCAACACUCUUGAUGCACUCAACCCUAGAGCUGCGGUCUAUAAUCCCUUGGGAGGUGAGGUGGCCGCUUGCAAAGACUUUUCUACUUCGAACACUCAAUAUAUUCAUCUAAUUUGCAACGGGAAGAAUAUUCACGGAACUGGAGCAUAUACAGUAAAACUGUCGGCUGAUAUGAACAAGUAAAUUACACAAAUUCAAAACAAAAAACGAACACUACUUUAGGCCAUGUAUUUUUGAAAUUCGUGCGCCAACAAAGUUGACUAUCGAUGGUGGAUUUGUUGAAGAUAUAAGGGACGAUGAUGUGCAGCAGGUUGUGCUGUCAACAGCAAAUCAAGGAAUUUUCCGCUGGCCUAUUGAGUACUCUGCUUCGUAUCUCGCAUUCAAGGUUGAAAGCGAAGAAUUUCCAAUUCAUCCCGAUGAAGUGCACAUUUAUGAAAAUGGGCGUUUUGAUCAGAAAAUGGAUUUGAGUAUGAGGUCAGCUGUUUGCGUAGUUGUACACUCACUCAGUGAGUCUCACUGUCCAAGAGAAUAUUCUCUCUUUACUUCCGGUUUCAUAUAUUUUUUCGAUUCUAUUCCCUCAAACAUGAAAACAAAGUAUUUUGUAUCAAAGUUCAAAAAUCGGUUAAUUCAGAUACGGGUGUAACGCUCCUCACAUUACACAACAGUCUUACAACUGUACUUCGCAGAACUUGUAUCACGUGAAGUUCAGGGGUCGGUUGAAGUUUAUCGAGGAAGUAGAACGCAAUCUUUUUUUAGGAUAUGAUGGCGAUGGAAACCGGUUUCAGAGAAUCUAUGAUUUCAAUUGUGACAUUGGAGAUGUUACUUUCCCAACGCCUUCUGCAGACGUUUCCACAACACCUGCCAAGUUUUGUGACAACGGUGGUGUUUUAUAUAACACGGUGAGUGGGAUUGGAAUGCAUGUUUUAUUUGGAUAA